GCUUCUUGUCUCCUUCUCUGUCUAGUUAUGAAAACUGUUGAUGAAGCUGAACUUUGCUUUCCCCAACUGCUCAAUACAUCCUGCAGAAAGACUAUGCUGUCUCCCUCCGUAUCCUUGGUUAUUCACUUAACAUUAUCUUCCAUCUCUCUACUUACUGUAUUUUCUAACCUGCUGGUCAUCAUCUCCAUAUAUCACUUCAAGAGGCUCCACAGCCCCACCAACAUCCUGCUGCUCUCUCUGGCUGUCUCAGACUGCCUGGUGGGAUUCCUCAUUUCAUUCCAGAUAGUGCUGAUAGAUGGCUGCUGGUAUUUUGGGGAUAUUAUGUGUGCCCUUUAUAUUAUUUUGGAUUAUAUUAUCACUACUUCCUCAAUAGGAACCAUGGUGCUCAUAUCCAUUGAUCGUUAUGUGGCCAUCUGUUACCCCCUACGCUACCCCAGCAAAGUCACCACUGAACGAGUGAAGAUGUGUGUUUCACUGUUUUGGAUGUGUUCCAUUCUUUAUCAUUGUGUUCUGUUAAGGGACAAUCUGCAACACCCAGGCAGAUAUAAUUCCUGUUCUGGAGAAUGUGUCGUUUUUCUAGAUUAUAUUGGGGGAAUUUUUGACCUUUUGUCAUCCUUUAUUUGUCCUGUCACUGUGAUCAUUAUUCUGUAUGCGAGAGUGUUUGUAGUGGUUGUGUCUCAGGCUCAAGCCAUGCAGUCUCACGUUGCAGCGGUCUCACUCCAGGGCUCAGUGAAAAUCACAGCUAAGAAAUCUGAAAUGAAAGCAGCCAUAACACUUGGGGUUGUUGUAGUUGUGUUUCUGAUAUGCACCUGCCCAUAUUUUUGUGUUUCACUAAUUGCAGAAGAUGCAGCAGUCAGUGCUUCAUCCGCAACCUUUAUUCUGUUUUAUUUUAAUUCCACCCUGAACCCUGUGAUCUACGCUCUGUUUUAUCCCUGGUUUAGGAAAUCAGUUAAACUGAUUUUUACUCUGCAGAUAUUGAAGCCGGAGUCGUGUGACACCAUCAUGAUGUAAAGAGAAUCCUAAUCUUUUCAUAGAGGUCGUGGAUGGAAAUAAA